GCAAAAGUUAUAAUUGUAUAAAAUCAGAAUACAUUUAGUGAAAUGUUAUGAACUAAAAAUAUAUGUACGAAAAACUUACAUAUAAAAUAUUAGCAAAAAGUCUUUACAAUUACAUGUAUAGUAAAUAAUAGUUAAUUUUUAAACAUAUGUAUUGUAUAUUAAAAUAAUUUAGAAUGUCAGAUAGCAGUGAUAAUGAUUAUCAGCCUCGUCCAUCGGGCAGUAAUAAGCAUCCGAAAAGGAAAAGUAGAAUUGUAAUGCGUAUAGAAUUCGACGAUUCUGAUGAGACAUCAUCAAGCAGCGCAAGUGGUGCAGACGAUGACAUUGAUGAAAAGCCAACUUGUUCAAGAAACUUACGUACUAGAAACAAAAUAACUACUAAAGGUGAUAACAAUAAUGACAACUUCGAUGAGUCUCAAGAAAAUAUAAGAAGAUCUUUACGGAAUCGACGUUCAAAUAUUUUAAAUAUAAAAGACGACAGUGAGGAUUAUUCAUCAAGUGGAAGUGAGGUCAUUCGGUUAACUAAAUCUCGCGUUAAAUCUAAAACUGUUAAAAAAUAUAUAGAAUCAGAUGAAGAACAAGAUUUGAUUGAUUCUUCAACCACAGCAAAUCAGCAACCAAAAGAAGAUGGUGGUUUUACUUCUGAUAGUAGCAGUAAUGAGCUUUUAGAAAAAUGCCCAAUUUGUCUAGUGACGUUUCGUCAACAAGAAAUUGGAUCUCCUUCGACUUGCGAACACGUAUUUUGUGCAAAAUGCAUUGAAGCAUGGUCAAAGAAUGUACAAACCUGUCCAAUUGAUCGGAUAGCGUUUAAUAGGAUAAUUGUGCGCGACACAUAUGAAAAUCGAAAAAUUGUACGUGAAAUUGAUGUCGAUUUAGAAAAAAGCCAUAAAGAAUACAUGUCCGAAAGUGAAAUCAAUGUUGAUGAAGAAUUUACUAACUGUGAGAUAUGUUCUAGACCAGAUCGUGAGGAUGUUAUGCUACUGUGUGAUAGUUGCAAUCAAGGUUACCAUAUGGAUUGUUUAUCGCCACCACUUAGCUCUAUUCCUGAAGGUACUUGGUAUUGUGAUAAUUGUGUUGGUUCCGAAGAGGAUGACGAUGUAGAUGAAGAUAUUAAUUUUCUCUUUGAAGAUUUACGAGAUAUGGGUAUUCCUGAUGCCCAUUUACGUGUUACAGAAGUACAGCAGCCACGUAUAUUAAGAACGCGUCAAAAUGAACGCAUUCGUGCUGCAGUGUUGAGGCAUACAAGGUCCACACGUUCACAUACUGAAACUACCGUUACCGCGGCACAUAGAACAGGGCAACAACACAAUUCAACUAUCACUACAACAACUACAACACGUACAACUAGAUCUAGAAAUGUAGCCAAAGUACCUAAAAGGAGAAGAAGACGUCGUAGACGUGCCCGACAACGCACUUAUGUUGUAGAGUAUGACUUAAAUAAUUAUGAUGAAAAAUUUGCUAUAAAAACAUCUAAGAAAGUUAUAAAACGAAGAAGACGCAAACAGCGAUCAAAAUCAAAAAUUGAACCAAGAGUACGUCAAACAGCUAGUAAACGUUUAGCAGAACAAAUGGGUGUAAAACAGGAGCCUACAUAUAAUUCGCUUACAUCUGGUACAGGAGCAGGGUUGUCUCUAAUGGGUAAUGCAAAUGAUUUAGAAUAUUUUUCUGAUAGCGAUAAUGGUGGUAUGGAAAGUCAAAUUGAAAUUGAUACUGGCGGACACGGUGCUGCUGUACAAACUUCUGUACGCAUAUCGAGUUAUGGACCACAAAGAUCUCGGAAGAACAUAUUGUUAGGAAGAUUAAAAAGAGGUAGUGGAGCUAUAGCAACACCUGCUAUAAAUAAUAAUAAUAAUAAUAGUAAUAAUACCGAUUUACUCACGAGUAUAAUGAAUAUACAAAAUCGUUGGCUAAACGCCAGCCGCAGUUUAGCUAAUGUGCAUAUAAAUUCUGAUGGUUCUUUAAAUCUAGAAGAGAGCGAACGCCGGUUGGAACAAAGAAAAAACACUACAAGUUCAACUACGGAACCAACACUAAAACUAGAUAACAACAAAGCAACAAAUACUCAAGAAAAAAGUACGCAAAAUCAGCAAAAUUCAGUAACAAAUGCUAUAAUGCAAGCACCAAUGUAUCCGCAAAGCGGAGGCACAAAUAGCAAUUUUAACAACAGUGGUGGCGGUUACAAUAACCGUUUCAAUAAUACAAAUAAUUACCGUGGAAAUGGAAACCAAUAUAGACACUCUACAGGUGGUAUGAUGAAUAAUGGGAGCAAUACAGGAAAUGGUGGUAGUAAUUAUAAUAAUAUGGGUGGUCCAGGAAAUUUUAACUACAACAACACUAACUACAAUAAUCAUAAUCAAAAUGCUAAUUUUUCACCAUUCAGUAUGCGUUUCAAUCAACGUAAUCAGCAAAAUAAUCAACGCAAUAAUAAUAACAAUCAAAUGCAACAACAACCGCAAGUAAAUCAAAUGCCACCAAGUAGAAAUUCGACUAUUGAAAACGCUUUCAGUGGAUUACCACCACCACCAAUCGCAGCACAGAUGGAAAACCAAUUAUUUAGUGGUUUACCACCAGCUAUCAGGAUGCAACCACCACCGGUGCAACAACUUGCCUCCAAUCCACCUUUAACUGUUGGACCACCAUUAUUAACAGUACCUCCACCACCUACUCCACCAUCUGCCGUACAAUUACCCUGGACAAAUUCUUUAUUUCAGUUGAGUAAUGAUUAUGGCAAUGAAGAUGAUUCAAAUUGCCCAAAUUUCUCAGUUUAUUCAGCUGAAUCUCAAGAACUUGUGAAGUCUGCAGAUUUACCAAGACAGCAACAAGAAAAUGAAUCAUCGAAGGAAGACGAUGAAAAUGAAGAUUUAGUACAAUUAGAUGACGACGAUGAUAUACCAAUGCCACCUGAUAAUAAACCUGUUGAGAAUUCUGAAUUGUAUGAACCAGAAAAUCCAACAGAAGAGAAUGAAGAUGAUGACGACGAUGAAAAUGAAAAUAAUAACAAAGAAAAUAAUGCUGAAGUUAAUAAAGACGAUGAUGAUAGUAAUAGUAAUACAGUGUGCGAUAAUUCUGCAACUGUAAUAGUAUAUAAAAAUAGAGUAGAUAAUGUUAAGGAUAAUGAUGAUAAGGGAAGUUCUAUGUCAACAAAUGACACGGUCAAUAGGAAUACUGCAAAUAUCGCUGAUGUUGAGAAUGAAAAAUAUAAUCCAGAAGAGGAAACUGAGUCUCCUAACAGUAAUUUAGAAUCUAUACACAAUCUGAACGAAAUAAGUAAUGUUGAUAAAAAUGCUGAAGAAAUCCCAAAAGAUAUGGAUAAUGACAAUGAGAUUAAUGGAGAGGAAAGUAAAAAAAAUCAGAUGUCACCUAGUUCCACAGAAUCAGAAAUAAAAUUACCAGGUAAUGAUAUGGUUGUUUCGAAUCGUAAAGGUGUUUUAGAUUUAUACGAUGACAGUGAUUGGGAAGAGCUUGAUAUAGAUAAACCUAAAGAAUAUAUGAAACAAACUGACAGUAAGGAACCUAAGAAAGCAACAGAAGAGCAACAGGCUGAAAAUGAAAAAGCUGAUGAAGCAGACGAUACUACAAUUGCACCGGAUCGUUCUUAUACUCCAUGUUUAGAUGAAAAUAACGAACCAGAGGAAAACGCAAAUACAAGUCCUUUAAAAGAGAUUACUACUAAAGAAGCUACUCCAAAACCUGAAGAGAAAGAAAUUAAUGGUGAUAAUACACCAACUGCAAACAAUUUAGUUGAAAUAGAAACAGAAUUAAUUUCCGAGGAGGAGGAAAAUGUUCGUAGCAAAAAUAAACGUCGUAGUGAUAAACAUGACACCAAUAAAGAAACAUUUAAAAAAGUUAGUAACAAACAAAAGAUAAGGAAUUAUCGCAGUGAAAAACAAUUUAAUAAACGUAAUGAUAAACGACGGUAUUCUCGGUCCACAUCUAAAUCGAGGUCUAGAUCCAGGUCAAAAUCAUUCUCACGGUCAAAAUCACCCCGCGGUCGUGGGCGUAAAAGAACACGUUCACCUUUUUAUAAUAGAUCAAAUAAAGAAAAUCAUAAUUAUCGUCACAAUAAUAGAGAUUGGGAUGAUUCAGGUAGAAAUAAUAUGGGGAAAUUGCAUAGACAGCGACCAAAGCGCCGUGAAAUGCCGCGGUAUGAUGUGCGUAAUAUAAUUGGUACACAAAGAACAGUAAAGGACCGUUAUGGUCGUGAUACUUCUAGACAAUUACGUAAUAGUAGAUCAGCAAGUCGCGAGCGCAGAUUGCAUUCAUUUUCACGAUCACGUACUUCUUCAUUAUCGCCACGAAGAAACAGACGUAGCAGUUUUAGCAUGUCUCCUACACCACCAGGUGUUCAUCGUAUAUCCAUAUCGCCCCGUCGUUUCGCUUCUCCCCCACGUCACUAUCAUUCACCAAGAAGAUUUACGCCACCACGUCAGCGCGCGCGCAGUACAUCACGUUUACGAUCUCGUUCUAUUUCACCAUUACCACGUAUGAACAAUCGCAAAGUUAUUAGACACAUGCGAAAUGUUUCGCCCAAUAUACGAUCAAGAUCCCGUGCACGUUCUUUUUCACCAUCUCCAAGAUAUACGCCGCGUUUAAGUCGAAGCCGUUCAAAAAGUCCAUUUAAUGCAGUUAAAAGCAAAAAGAAAAAAACAAAAGAUCGUAAAAAGAAAAAAAAUAAAAAAAGAGCUUUAAGCUUGAGUCCAGAAACCAAUCGACGGAUCUCACGGCAACAAGAUCCAUUUAUUGAAAAUGCACCUCCAAAAAAGAAACGUCAUGUUGUAUCGAAAAAUAAAUCACCAGUUGAUGAACAAACAUGGUCUCCGUCACCCAGUCCACCGCCACCUUUAUUAAAUUAUGAACGUGAACGUGAAAAUAAUAUAUCCUGGACGCCGCCUAUUACAACAAAUCGAAUUUCACAAAUUUCACGUGACGAUUAUGCACCUGUUCUUCGUAGAAGUAGUUCUAUACUCAGCAAAAAGGAGAAACGAAAGCGCACUAAAAAAAAGAAAAAAACAGAGAAACGUAAAGACACGACGAGAAAAGACAAACGACGUCAACGACGUACAAAAACUCCAGAGCCUGCACCCUCAAAAGAAGUUUUUGCUUCUGGAAAUAAUAUACUUGUCAGCGUGAGCUUUAAUAAAGAAACUACAAACCAACAACCACAACAAACCACUGUUGUUACAUUGCCUCCUACUCGUGAGGACCUAUUAACAUCGCGACGUAUAUCCAUAGAUCAUGCAGCUAAUGCAAAUGCUGCAAAGAAAAGAAAAGAAAAACCUCAUAAACGUAAAAAAAUUGAUGCUAAGCCAAUUGCUAUAAUUGAUUUGGAUCGUUCACCAUUCCAAAUACAUCAAGAGCCCACAGAUGUUAUAAUAUUAACUGACAGCGAAGAUGGACGUGAAAAUGAACGAGAACAACGUCGCGAACGUCGUCAAAGUAUACAAUCUGUAAAUGACAACAUAGAGCAUCGUCAACAACUGACCACUAGUGCACGUGUUAGUGUUCAGCAUGAACAGACACCACCACUAGAACGUUUGGAAACUAUUAUGGAAGAAUCAUACGAAUUACAACAAACUGGACCUAAAACACCACCUGAACCUCCAAUAGUAAAAUUCAAUAUAAAUAGCAAAAAACAAAAUAAAAUACGGAUUAAUCCUUUACACGAUGAACAGGAAAUGCAAUCGGAAACAGAAUCACAAGAAAGACCUGAACAAGAUGAGCAUCGACAGGACGUGGAAACUAUACAUACACACAAUAAUCAAAAAAUUGGACCAAAUACUCCGCCUGAUUCUGGUCCUUGUUCGCCGGAUGCCUAUGAUCCAUUUGAACCGACUAAAUCACCAUCGAUGUCGCCACGUUCUCCGUCACCAGCACCAAUCGAUACUUCACAAAACUCUAUUAGUGAGUGCGGUGCAGAUGGUAUCUCACAAAAACAUGUUGAAGAGCAAAGACAUUCCGGCGAACGAAAUGCGCAACAAAUUUCUGGAGGUACCAGUAGCGGUAUAACUACACAGAGUACGACCAUGAAUCCUGUUGAAUUAGUAAUGGCUUUAAUGAACACAAAAGUCAAUAAUAGUCAAGAUUUAGCAAAUAAGUCGAAUGAAUCGCAAUAUACCACUUCAACACAUAUGCUAAGUAGUGGCGUACAUGGAAGUACUCAUGAUGAUAACAUGGGUGGAAUGCGUGAAAAAUCUGAUGAUAACAUUACAGUAAUAUCGAAUGUAUUAAUUUCAACUUGUGUAUCCCAACAAUCACAGCACAUACCUAGUAUAUCUAGUCCAACACCUCCAGUCAAUAAAACUUCACAAGUUUUAAAAUUACCUUUACCAAAAGUAGGUGGCAGUGUAGGCAGUAGCAGUGGAGUAGGACUGCCUGCAAUAAAUAACAAUGUGCGCAACGGCACAGCUGAUGACAUAUUUAAUAUAAAUGACACUGAAAGUCCAUAUUCACCCGGAUCUGCUGAUUAUGAAGAUCUAUUUGAACCGCCACCAGACACAAACAGCAAACGACGAACAAAACGCGCCGGUAAAGGCGAUGUAUUUGAUAAUCUAUUUGGUAGCUCUUCUCCAGUGAAUGCUUUACGUCUACCCACUUACACACCAUCGCGAAAACAAAAGCAAAAUGCAUAUGGCGUUGCAAAUAAAAAUAAAUCAAAAGGUAAAUCUAAUGAUGAACACCUUAAAAUGUAUGAUGAAAUGCCCAAUUCUGCUGUCGAUUUACAAGUUAAAGAUAGGUUUUUACGUAAGCUAAAUCGACAAGAAAGAGUUGUUGAAGAGGUGAAAUUGGUGUUGAAACCACGUUUCAACAAAAAGCAGAUCAGCAAAGAGGAUUACAAGGAAAUUAUGCGCCGUGCUGUGCCAAAGAUCUGUCACAGCCGCUCCGGCGAAAUCAAUCCUCAUAAAAUUAAAAAUCUGAUCGAUGCUUACGUGAAAAAGUUCCGCGCUAAGAAUAAGAAAUUGACACUUUUGAACACUGGACAAGUGAGCAGUGCGGUGAAGUGCGCUGCAUAUCUGAAAAAGUUGUAGGAGGAAAAUUCAAUUAACUUGUUUUCAUAAUGGAAAAAAAUUUAAAUAAUAAAAAAUUCUAAACAAAUUAUUGGCAAAUGAAAACACAUUUCACACAUGUGGGCUGAAAAACAUUAACAGCUCAAUAUUUUUAAUAAAAAAUAGUGUAAAUUAGUUUUUAAGUAAAAGUUAUUGAAUGAUUCUUAUGUUCUGCAAUAAGCAAAUAAGCAAUUAUUUUCUAUAUUAGUACCAUAUUAUUUAUUUGAUUGUAUAUUCACUAUGCCUAUAAUACGAAUAGUUUAUAAUAAAUACACUUAUUU